UUCAGUCCUUUUUUAUUAUGUUUUUUUAAUGUCAACAAACUGAAUUACCUUUGGAAAUCUUUUAAUGAUAUUGAUAGAAGAUAAUGGGCAAAUGGAGAACAAAUCAAAAAGAUUUCUAAAUAGCCGUCUGGACUUGCCCCUCUAUAUGGUAUCGCGAAAUCGUCUUAAAUUGCCACCAAUUUAUGAGAAACUACAAAACCAUAUUAAGAGAAAAGGGACUCUAUACACCUCAAAUGAAUGCCAAGAAGCAACAAAGAAUUUAGAGCCUUUCAGCGAAUGCAUAUAUUACGACAAUCUAAAUGAGAAUCUCUCUAGAAAUUCUAAGACUUGCAAAACUCCCAAUAAGUCCCAUAUUUCCAGUGAAGACAAAUCAUGGAGUUUGCCUUCAAAUCGAUAUGAUUUGAAAACCCCCCCAUUUGAAAGUCGAACCGGAUCGAAGGGAGCCUACUGGCGUAAAACGGCUCAGACGAUACCAAGAAAGACAGUCGUUAGAAAAUCUAUAAGCCAAUUUUAUGACAUACCCAAAGAAAUGGAAAAACUUAAAAAUCGUUACAAUGCAUUUAAAGGAAAAUUUCUAUCCAAUCCCAGGGAAAGGCGAGCUACAACACGAGCAAUGAUUUGUAAUCCUUUGACGUCGUAUAAAGAUCCCAUGGAGCCAGCUCCUAAUACCUAUAGGCCAAAAGUAAUUGGAAAGACCUGUAAAAGCCCCAUAACAUGCGAACCCCCGAAUCCCCAUCUCUUCCUUCGUCAUUCGGUGGUUCCAGUCAAAUCAAAUAGCAUACACCCAAAACACACGAGUUUCCUCCCGGGUCCAGGACGAUAUGAAACACGCUAUUUCAAGAUAUGCCCUUGCGAUGGUAAACAAAAAAAAUAUCAACCUAACCUAGAUAUGCUUGUAGAGCGUGAAAAGCGCAUGAAAUUUCGUGGAAAACCUUUCACCAAAAUAAAGACUCAACUCUAUUGUUCACCGGAUUGGCGCCAUGUGAGAGGCUAUGGUUUCCGUAGACUAUUCAGAGGCUCCAUAGGACCUCAAAAGCAAACGGUGAAGGCAAGCGAAGAAGCUAAAGGAAAAUCGGAAUCAGUCAAACUUUUCCAUAAUGCCAAAUAUCUUGAUAUGAUAUUAAACCCUAACCAUGAGUCACUUUCAUUCCGCAAAGAUCCCCUAACUCAGCUGCCACCACGUAUUACCUUCAAUCGCAUGGUCAAAGUUGUAACGCGCAAACAGUUACGUUCUAAUCGAAAAUUUGCUUUCGGUUCAAGUACGGAACGUUGGCAAGAUGAUGAGCGCCCUGCUGUUGCAACGCCACAACAAAUAAGGGAAAUGUUGAAGCAAAUACCAGAGGAUAGAAGAAUUCACAAUAAGCCCAUAAUGCAAAAGAAGCCAGAGGAAAUAGUUUCAAAACUUGGCCAAACCCCCAAACAUAUGCUGCCCAAUUAUGUGCCAAAUCUACGCAGACGUUUAUUCAAAUUUUCCCCCUUGCCAAAUGCUAAAAUUCUAACCAAUGAAACAGAUAUUCGACCUAUGGAGCCGGCAACACAUGGCUACUUCUUUCAACCACUAGAUGGGAGAAAAUACUUUAAGGAUGACAUAUAAAAGGAUACUGAGUUUUGAUGAAUGAGUUUUUUUGUUUUUGACAAGGCAUAUGAAUAAAGAGAUUAAAUUUAA